AUGGUUGCUGUCACUCCUCACGUCCUCUUGGCGCUGGCCGCCACUGCUGUGGCCUUGCCCGCCAGCAACCCUACCCGCGUCGAGGCCCGCGCCCCGCAGUUCUCCAUUCCUACCGGCAGUUUUGGCGGGAGUUCCACCUCCAACGAUGUCACCGAUGGCGUCUGCAAGCCCGUCACCUACAUCUUCGCCCGCGGCACCACCGAAACCGGCAAUAUGGGCACAACUGUUGGCCCGGCGCUGCAGCAGAAGCUCGAGUCUGCGCUCGGGGCCGACAAGCUUGCAACCCAGGGCGUAAACUACCCGGCUGAUGUCGCUGGCACCUUCAUCGGAAGCGUCUCACCCGGCCAGGCUGAGGGCAGCCAGAAUUGCGCGAAGCUGGUCAAGCAGGCUCUGUCAAACUGCCCAGAUACCCAGAUCGUGCUGGCGGGCUACUCACAAGGCGCACAGCAAGUGCAUGGCUGCCUUAUCGAUCUGGACAGCAGCUCGGCUAGCAAGGUUGCGGCUGCCGUUACCUUCGGUGACCCCCUCCAGGCCCAAGCAUUCAAGAACAUCGACUCCAGCAAGACCAAGAUAUUCUGCGCGACCGGCGAUCUCGUCUGCACCAACCAGUUCAUCAUCACGCCCGCUCACCUAUCAUACGCAACUGCGAGCACCGGUGAGGCGGCUGAGUUCAUCCAGAGCAAGCUAAGCGCUUAA